CAUCACCUUUGAGUCUGUGUUAAGGAGAGAGAAAGAGAGAAAUAAAUCUUUCUCACUUAACUUUUCCUUCUUCUCUUCUCAACCAGCCCCAGCCAGCCUUCUCGAUCUGAGACUUUUUAGACAGACAGAUUGCGAAGCCAGUUUUUUCUCGGUGGUGAUCUGAAAACCGAUCAGCCGGAUUACGAGAUGGCAGCAGCUCCGGCGCGUGCUAGGGCUGAUUAUGAUUACCUGAUUAAACUUCUUCUCAUUGGUGACAGCGGAGUCGGGAAGAGUUGCCUGCUAUUGCGUUUUUCUGAUGAUUCUUUUACAACUAGUUUUAUUACAACAAUAGGGAUUGACUUCAAGAUUAGGACCAUCGAACUUGAUGGGAAGCGAAUUAAACUUCAAAUAUGGGAUACAGCUGGUCAAGAACGUUUCCGUACUAUUACUACAGCAUAUUACAGGGGAGCCAUGGGUAUUCUUCUGGUGUAUGAUGUCACUGAUGAAUCUUCAUUUAACAAUAUCAGGAACUGGAUAAGAAACAUUGAACAGCAUGCAUCUGACAAUGUAAACAAAAUACUGGUGGGAAACAAAGCUGAUAUGGAUGAAAGCAAGAGGGCCGUACCCACGUCAAGGGGUCAAGCUCUUGCCGACGAAUAUGGAAUCAAGUUCUUUGAGACGAGUGCAAAAACAAACUUCAAUGUGGAGAAUGUCUUUUUUUCUAUUGCUAGAGAUAUAAAGCAAAGACUCGCUGAAACUGAUUCCAAAGCUGAGCCCCAGACCAUAAAGAUCAGUAAACCAGACCCAUCGAAGGGAUCAACAAGUGCUCCUGAAAAAUCUGCUUGCUGUGGUUCUUAAAUAAGUACAGAUAGAAAAGGUCGCUCCAGAUAUCUCUACAGCGUGAAUGAUCAGUAAAUGAAUGUUUGUAUUUUUCAUUUACCAAGUGCAACUAGUUCUUAAUGCGUGGGCGGUUCUCAUUUAUAGUUCUUCACAGUAACUGGUCAUAUUCAAAACUUAUAACAGAAGUUUGAAAAGCUUUUAUUCAUCAUCUUGUAAUUCAAUUAUUAGGAUUUUACUAAUUAGCUUCAUGUUAAUGGAUACUUUCAUCCCCGCCUAACAACUAAAUGAGCAUAAAUGGGAAGACUAAUGACGGGAUAUGAUUCAAACUUCGUUA